GGCUGUCACAUAUGGUAAAUAGAAGGUCACGUUUAAUAGUGACAGCAAUUUCAAAAUAAAAACUUUUUGUUCAAAUACUCUGAACUGUGAAAUUUGUCAGUUCUGAAUAAAUUUAUUCAUUUGAUCUAUGGAGUCCAUAAAUUAUCUGAUCUGACCCACAUCGGAUUUGGAGUUAAAAAACAACGUUUAUUUGGGAGGUAAUGUUGGGUUACUUCUGAUAUCAUAACUAUAAAUAACUUCAUUGAUUGAUAUGGGAACACACCUGAUAUAGUUGGUAUACGGAAGUGUUUAUGAAUACUUUUUCAGAUAAGAGGGAAAUUUAAACAAAAUGGUCUUUGAAAGUGUUUUAGUUCAAGUUUUGAACAGUGUUCUUGGGGACUAUGUUGAAAACUUGGAUACAAACCAAUUGAAUGUGGGAAUAUGGGGAGGGGAUGUUUUACUGAAAAAUUUGCAGUUGAAACAAUCUGCCUUGAAUAAUUUGGAUUUGCCUAUACAAACCAUUUAUGGAAAAAUAGGAAAGCUUGUUCUCAAAAUACCUUGGAAAAAUUUAUAUGGAGCUGCUUUUGUCAUCAAUGUAGAAGAUAUUUAUCUGCUUGCUGCACCAAAUAAACAAACCAAAUAUGAUCCUGAUAAAGAGAAGGCUAAAGCCCUUGAAGCAAAGAAAGUGCUCAUCAAAAAUGUUGAAUUGGCAAAAAAGAUGGAACAAGAGAAAGAGAAAGUUCAAAAGGCAGACUAUACUUUUGUUGAAAAGCUCAUCACACAGAUAAUAAAAAAUCUCCAAUUGAAUAUAAAAAAUAUUCAUAUCCGAUAUGAAGAUAAAAUAACUAAUCCAGAAUCGCCAUUUGCUCUUGGUGUUACACUAGGAGAACUCAAUGUUUUGAGUACUGAUGAAACUUGGGAACCAAAAAUAACACAAGAGAACAUCACAAAAAUAUUCAAAAUUGUUUCACUGGAUUCUUUGGCCGUCUAUUGGAAUUGUGGAACUGAAACCUACUCUGAUAAAUUGGUUAUUAAUAUGGUUGACUGCCUUACGAAGGGAAUUGCAACUAACAGUACAGAGUCAACUCCUACAGGAUACAAAUACAUCCUGGGACCAAUAAACGCCUCGGCAAGGUUAAAAUUGAAUCAAAAACCUGAACAGGAUGAACCAGCUUAUUCCAUACCAAAAGUUCAUCUUAAUCUAGAUCUGAAGAAACUUUAUAUAGGUCUUAGUAAAAAGCAAUAUAAAGAUAUAAUUGCUUUAACAAAUGCUAUGGAUCGUAUGAUUAAAGCUGAACCAUUUAGAAAAUAUAGACCAGAUCUACCUAGUUAUCGGGGACACUAUAAAGAGUGGUGGCAGUUUGCAUACAAGUGUGUACUGGAAAGUGAGGUUAAGAGAAGAAAGAACAAUUGGGAUUGGAAUCAUAUUUGCGCACAUAGAGAUUUGUGCAAGGCCUACCAACAGAAAUACCAUGACACAGUAAUUGGUAAUGCGAAGCCAGAUGCAUCUGAUCCGGAAAUGGAUGACAUGGAAGACAAAUUAGAUAUAUUUAACAUUGUCGUAAUUCGACAAAGAGUUGACAUUGAAGCUGAAAGAUUGAGGCGAUUGGAGGCUUCUAAACCAAAGAAAGGGUGGCUAAGUUGGAUGUGGGGAAGUAGUCAGGAACAAAGUGAAAAUCAAGGAGAACACCAAACUGAUGAAGAUUUGAGUUCAGAAGAAAAACAGAAGCUCUAUAAAGCCAUUGGAUAUCAAGCUGGCUCACCACCACCUAUAUUUCCUGAAAGCUAUGUUGACAUGUCAGCAACAUUUUUACUCAGAACAUUGGAGUUCGAAAUCAAAGAUGAACACAUGGAAACAAAAACUGCCUUAUUUACAGAAUUGAAAGGGGUCAAGUGCAGAUAUGACAGCAGGGCUGCAGCACAAGCAAUUAAGGUACACGUUAAAAUUGAUGAAUUCACAAGUUAUGGAUUGGAACAAGACAAUUUCAUACCGAAUAUCAUUACAUCUGAAACAGGAGGAGGAGAUAGUGCUCUUUUAGAAGCCACAUUCGAGACAAACCCAUUGGAUAAAAAAUGUGAUCAAAGAUUGAAUCUGACUGCACAACCAAUAACAAUAAUUUAUGAUGCCGUUACAAUUAAUAAAAUAAUGGAAAUCUUCCAUGUUGAUAAUGAUGAUGACUUAGAACAACUGCAAGCUGCAGCUGCUGAAAGAGUUGUUAACUUCAAAGAAAAGUCAGCUGUGGGACUUCAAUACGCUAUUGAACAGCACACCUUAUUAGAUUUGAAGAUAGAUCUUCAAGCUCCAAUAGUUCUUAUACCUUAUGGGGGCAAAUAUACUUCUUGUGAAAAUGUAAUCGUAGUGAAUCUUGGUAAUUUGAAAAUGUACUCUAUGGAAAGAGAACCUUCAUCUAUAAACAUACGUAAGAUGUUGGCUCAGGGUAAAGAACAGUCUGAGAUACUGAAAGAGAUGAUUGAUCAGAGCUAUGAUCAGUUUCGUUUGGAGUUCACCAAACUCCAAAUUCUACUAUCUCAGGGAGAUGAAGAUUGGAAGUCAUGUCUGAAGGAAUCUAAGAAAACUGACAUGCAUGUGUUAGUUCCUGUCAGUUUGAAUAUGAUGUUCCAUAAGUGCCUCUUUACGGAUGAUCCUAGACUUCCUCUGACCAAAAUAAAAGGAGAACUGCCAUCUAUCAACGUAACUAUGUCUGAUGCAAAGAUACUCCUUCUUUACUCUCUCCUGAAUAGUAUACCAUUGCCAUCACCUUCAGAUUCAGUUAGUGAAGUGGAAAUACCACUUACAAUGCAUCGCUCCAGUAGUCGUGGAAGUAAUGUGAGAUCUCUAGUUAUUCCAGAAAAACCCCCACCACGCAAGAAAUUGAGUAUUCACAAUGAGUCUAGUAUUGACGAGAUCACAAAUCAAUUGAUUAGUCUGGAUGUCAAUUUUGUUAUGAAAGAAUUAAAACUAACCUUGUGUCAUCAAGAAGAUUCCUCGUCUCCUAUGAUAAAUGUGGCCACAAUUCUGGCUCAUAAUUUAAAAUGCGAUCUAAUUCAGAAGAAGUGCAGUAUGGAAGCGGGUGUCAGCUUAGCUUCAAUCGAAUUCAAGCAAUUCCGACCUGACGAUGUUAUAGAUAUCAUUUCAGUUCCUAACAUAGGAACAGAGGACCUCAUCAGUCUGAGAUAUCUGCAGGUAGACGAGAAAGCACCCGAUUUCCAUACACUUUACAACUCCUGUAAGAUGAAAUUAACGGCUGAAGUUUCGGUAAUUAACAUCAAUCUUCAUCAAGAAGGACUGUUGUCCAUGAUUCAGUUCCAAACUCAACUGCAAACUGAUUUAGAGGAAUCAGCAUCGCAAGAUGGUCAACAAACACGUUUCUCAGGGGCUCAGUUAAGGAGGACCAUUUCAAUGAUGAGCAACUUAUCUCAUAUAUCGAGUUUAUCUAAGGCAAUGGCUGACAUCAGUGAAGCACUGGCUCCAAAACCUGGUCCAGCACGAGCUGGUACGAAACAGGAAGUAAUUAACACUAAACUCCGAUUAAAAUUCAAGGAACUCCAAGUUUUAAUCUCCACUGAAAAGUUCAGAAUUUCUGAAGUUGCUAUAAAGGGCAUUACAGCUGAAAUUAUUAUGAAAGACUCCAAUACAACUGUAUUAACUAACUUACAAGACCUCAGGGUAUUGGAUUUGAAUCCAGGUACUAUUCACAAAGAGAUUUUAACUGUAGUUGGGAAGGAAACCUUAAACGCUAAAAUUGUGAUGAAUAACAUUGAAAGUGCUGCCCCUGAUAGUCCAGAUAUCAUAGUCGAUGCAAGCAUGGGAGGCUUGAAAAUUUUUUUCCUGAACUGGUUUGUCACGAAUAUAUUAAAUUUCUUGAAUAAUUUCCAAGCUGCCAAAGAAGCUAUUAUCGAAGCUUCAGCGAAUGCAGCAGAAGCGGCUAAGCAGAGUGCUCAAGAAGCUUAUGAAAAAGCUACCAAGAUUUCCUUGAACAUCAACAUUAAAGCACCUGAUAUCAUUGUACCAAUAAACUCUAAAGGCUUAGAUGGAAUAGCUUUAGAUCUUGGACACAUUACAAUCACAAAUAGAUUCAACACAUUAGAUACAGGCGAUAAAAAAGGACAUGGUCCUGUAAUUGUAGAUAGAUUACGAGUCACUCUAUCUGAUUUGAAGCUAUCAAAAGUAAAAUUGAACGAUAAACAUCAGAUUAUCGAAGAGGCAAUCAUUUUAGAACCUCUAUCAUCAAAACUGAUAAUUAAGAGGAAUUUAUCAGCUUCUUGGUACAAGGUCAUCCCAGAUAUUGACAUGUCAGGAAAUAUUGAUGAAAUCAAGGUUAGAUUCAGCCACCUUGAUAUGGCUACUGUAACAAGUACUCUCAAUGGUAAUCUAGCUGAAGGAACACAAGAGCAUGCUAUGACCUUGAAAAGAAGUACAUCAGCUUCCAGUUUCCGUAACAGGGGUGUUAUUAUCACUUUAGAGAAUGAAACUGUUGACUCCUCAGUUAAAGAGGAAGAAGGCGAAAAGGAUGCUGUCCACACAACUUUAAGAUUUACUCUCACUAUGGACAAACUGGAAAUAAGUUUAUUCACUGCACCAACCGAGUCAAAACUCAAUUUGAGAGUGGAGCCUACUUAUCCCCUUGGAAGGUUUUCUCUGGAAGGAUUAUCCUGCAAAGGACGUCAGUUAUCUGAUGGUACUUUCAGUACAUCAAUUCUCCUAUUAAAUUGUACUUUGGACGAUAUGAGACCCGGAAGAGACCAGUUGAUCAGACGCCUAAUUGAAAGAAGAAGUGAUAUGAAAGAUGAAGCAGUUGCAGAGAGCGAUACUAAAGUUCGAAGCAUGCUCGACAUCACUUAUCAACAGAAACAAAACGAAAUGUUCGCUGACCUGAGAGUUUACAGUUUUACUUUCAUCCUAUCUGUUGAAUAUAUGAUGAAACUUAUGGAUUUCUUCAACACUACUUUGGAAGCAGACAAAACAGUUGGAGGUGCACCACAAGUAACUGCCAAACAAACACCUUCCAGUAAAUCGGUGCAAAAUAAAACAGCCGCUACUUCUACUCAGAGCACAACUAAAAUGACGGUUAAUUUGAAAAUAGAAAAACCUGAUAUCAUCCUUGUGGAGCAUAUGGACAACAUCGAUACCAGCGCUAUAAUUUGGCAUAAUGAAAUUCAAUUGAAAUAUCGCAGCCAAGGUAUUCAUCAAGUUAUUAACGGAACAAUUACCGACUUUGAAUUGAUAACUUGCAACUACAAUCCGGUGAAGAGAAAUGAAACAAUGAGUAAUAUUUUGUUCCCAAUAAAUAUCUGUAUAGCUGGUUCGACUCCUCAAGAUAAAGGAUUACAUGUAGAGCUUUUAUUCACCGAUAUAAGAUUCUGUCUCUCUCCGUCAACCAUCGGCCUACUUAGUAACAUUUCCUCAAAAUUCACUGCAACAAGUGAUACGUCAAAAGAAGAAGAGGAAGAUCCAUUCCAAUUUUCCGAUCUUUGGCAACCUAAACCAUAUUCCGACGAUGACUACUGGUAUUUAAGAACAGAUGCUGGCAUUGAUGUAGUCGAAGAAAUUAAUUCCAAACAAGCAGAUGUUUCAUUGGAAGUGAAUAACUUCCUUGAUGAAUUAUGCAUUAUCAAUAUGCCUGUUAUAAUUUUGACAUUGGAAGCUGGCGAAGGACAGAAAACAUUGCCCAUGUUACUUUUCGAAAGUAAGUUCCAUGGUAAUGUACGAAAUUGGAGCUCCCAGAUGAAUAUUGAUGCUUCCCUCAAUAUGAUGAUGGGUUAUUACAACAGCUAUCUCGCUCUUUGGGAACCUCUUAUUGAACCAGUGCAAACAAAAAAAGCUGGGAAAACCGUUUUGGUGCCUUGGGAAUUGACGUUAGAGAUGGCUAUAAACAACCCGGAAGAUCAGUCAUUGAUGAGUCCUGUUGAUUCCGAUAUGACAAGUAUUUCGCUGCAACCGGUAACUAGCAUAGAUGUGAUAUCCAAAUCAACUCUAGAGCUUACCAUGACAAAAACGUGUCUGCAUGUGCUGACAAAUUUGGGUGGAUCUUUCUCUUCUGCGAUGGAAAAGAGAGAUUUUGUUCCUGUCAAAAGACAGUCUUCCCAUAAAUUUAUAAAUGAAAUUGGUAGUCCUGUGACACUUAUGCUCCAACAAGGUCCUUUUAAAAUUACCGGAACAGACUUUGGUAUGGAGCCCAAUGAAGUUAUACUUGAAACAGGUGCUGAAGUGUACCUCGAAUUGAAACAAUCUCAAAAAGAGUAUAUUAAACUCAGUGAUGUGCUGAUUACCCAAAGUUAUUCAGUAAAAUCAAGAUAUCUGUCUGUUAGGGUUAACGAAAUGAAUUGCACGCUAGAACUACCUGUUGCCAGGGCAGAUACAAGGUAUUUUACACUCAAAUACAGAAGCUCAAAUAAUCAAUCAUAUGGUGUGAUUUCUGAAUCUCAAAUGCUUGAUGGCAUCAUGACAAUAACCCUCAGGAGUGUCCUUCAGGUUCACAACCAUUUCCAUGUUCCUAUAGAAAUCUACAUUCUCACAGCGAAGGGUAACGAAAUAAAGAGGAUAGCGAUAGUACAACCUAGUAAAGUAGUCAAUAUACCUCUAUCCGGCGUUUACACUCCUUCAGAAGAACUUUUCUUCGCAGUGGAAGGUUAUUCUGUUACUUCAGUGCCUUUUGUAUGGAAGGAGUUACAGUCUAAUCUAACUUCAACUAAGUUAUUACAAUGUCGUCCUAAAGAUGUAUCUCAAGGUACUGAACCUUUCACAAUCAGGGUUGUGGGUAAAAUGCAUCAAGUGUUCCAUGAAAAUACCCUACGUCAUACAAUGGCCAGCACUUGUUAUAAUGUCCACUUGAGACCUUCAGUUUCGUUGAAGAAUUAUUUACCAGUUCCAAUUGUCUGCUGUGUUGAAAAUGUUGUGAAUGAAAUUCCUGUUAAUCCAGGCGAUACUUUGCAACUACCAAAUUGUAGCCCUGGUCAAUCGGUGGUAGUAAUCAGGUUGGAUGAUUAUCUGGACAAAGAAUGGAGUUGCAGGCAACAAAUACCAGAAGAGAUGGAGGAAUUCAGCGUCUGGACAUUCGUUAGUUACGAUAGUUCUGCGAAAGUAUACUUGAAUCUAGGAAUUCAUAGGAAAACGAGACAUGAAACUCUAGAAUUGGAAUUGUACUGUCCGUUCUGGAUGUUGAACAAGUCAGGAUUGCUGCUUUCGUACAAGAGCUCUGAUGACAUAACAAGUAUCAUACAUCACCCUCCUGACUAUCAAAAACCUGUAUUGUUUUCAUUCAAUGCCAAGAAUUUCUUCACAAAAAAGAAAGCUUCCGUUCGUGUUCGAGAUGGUGUUUGGUCAGAUAAGUUUUCUCUGGAUGUUGCCGGAUCAUCUGGUGUGAUAGUUUGCAAAACUGACGACCAAAUAUAUCAGGUUGGAGUUACAAAUCAGUUAACGAACAAUGGCCUAACUAAACAAGUUACCUUCACUCCGUACUAUGUAAUUAUAAAUAAUACUUCAUUCGCUAUGGAAUUCCAAGAGAGUAUAAGACCAGCUGAUCAUAUGCUCAAAGUGGAACCUGAGUCGUGUGCAUCUCUAUGGCCUAUUAGCGAGUAUGACGAUAAGCUUUUAAGACUCCGCAUAUUCGGAACAGAAGAGAUAUCACAGCCAUUUUUGUACACAGAAAGCCAUACCACAUUACUAAGAAUGGAUAAUAAGUAUGGUGGUGUGAACGUAGAUAUACAAAUUACUGAGGGUGGCAUUUAUAUUAGUUUGGCAUCUUAUGGUAUUGGAAUGGCACCUGCUUUGAUCGUGAACCAUACUAGAGAUGAUAUGAAUUUCUGGGAGAAGCAAUCUGCUAAAAUAAGCAAAUUGAAGAAAAGGCAGUCGAUGCUAUACACUUGGGAAAAUCCAUCUGGUCCUCGAAUUCUUGUCUGGGAAGGUGGUAACAAGUCUGAACUAGAAAACGACUUGAGGAAAGACGAAAUUGGGGAAUAUACAGUAGGCACAAAAUCGACUAGUUAUAAAAUUUAUUGGGUAUCCUUUUUGGAUGGUAUGCAAAGAGUACUUCUCUUCACGGAAGACUCUUAUAUAGCUGAAAACGUACAAUCCGCUAAACAAUUCGAGACCAUCGACCAAGAACUGACAGUGUCACUUCACGGUCUUGGAUUGUCGUUAAUCGACAACACAAAGAAGACAGACGUCAUGUACAUGGGCAUCACAAGUUCGGGGGUUAUUUGGGAAACUUGCAAAAAUACUUCGAAACGAUUCAAACACAUGAAUCCUAAAGAAAGUGCUAUGAUUGAAAGCGCUUAUCAAGAUUACCUUAUGAACCCUGACUUGAGGAGGGGUAUAGUCAAUGUAGGUGGAAAAAUGGAAGUCGAUUUUGCACUUGGUCAGAUGUACAAGCCAAACAAGAGGAAACUGAAAAGGAGCUUCCAAACAGCAGUGUGGUUCCAACAGAAGACCAGCAGCAGUCAAUUGCAGCUUCAUGCCAAACUGAAUAAUUUGCAAAUCGAUAACCAGUUGCCGAAUAGUCUGUUUCCUGUUGUUUUGGCCACAGUAAAUCCUCCGAAAAGUUUAGCCCUGAAUACAGGGAUCAGACCUUUUGCAGAAAUGAGUGUUGUCCAGUUAUUCAUCAAGAACAGUCAGGUUAAACAGUUCAAAUAUUUCAAAGUUCUAGUCCAAGAAUUCCACGUAAAAGUAGAAAUGGGUUUCGUUAACGCAAUGUUAGGAAUCGUAGCGGCAAAAGAAUACACGGAACAAGAAGAGAAAGAUUAUUUCGAUAGAGAUAUGGCAGUAGCUGAUGAACAGCUAUAUACUCAUGUAUCCACUCAAGCUCAACAAGAACAGAAAAGUUUUUAUGAUGUUCUCCAUUUCUCACCUCUCAAAAUACACGUCAGUUUUUCAAUGGGUGCUGGUGCUGGAGAAUCAACAGAAACUUCUAAUUUCCUCAAUGUCAUUUUGAGCAGUGUCGGUGUCACUGUAACUGAUAUGCAAGAUGUCAUUUUCAAGCUGGCUUUCUUUGAGAGAGAAUAUACAUUCUUAACACAAAAGCAGCUUGUAAACGAAGCUUCGAAGCAUUAUAUAGGCCAAUUACUCAAGCAACUCUACGUUCUGGUUCUUGGCUUAGAUGUCCUAGGCAACCCAUAUGGUCUAGUUUUAGGAAUAACCAAGGGUGUUGAAGAUUUGUUCUAUGAACCAUUCCAGGGAGCUAUUCAAGGACCUGGAGAAUUCGCCGAGGGUGUAGCUCUAGGAGUGAGAAGUUUGUUCGGACAUACGGUAGGUGGCGCUGCUGGUGCAGUUUCUAGGAUCACCGGAGCAAUGGGCAAAGGUGUGGCGGCUUUAACGUUCGAUGAUGAGUACCAGAGAAAGAGAAGAGAUCAGAUCAGUAAAAAGCCAACAAGCAUUCAAGAAGGAUUUGCAAGAGGCGGAAAGGGUCUUGUGAUGGGCGUUUUUGACGGUGUAACAGGCGUAGUCACAAAACCAAUUUCUGGUGCGAAAGAAGAAGGCUUUGGUGGCUUCUUCAAGGGACUUGGUAAAGGUGCUGUAGGUUUAAUAGCCAGGCCAACUUCAGGCGUCAUCGAUUUCGCAAGUGGUUCUUUAGAUGCAGUUAAAAGAGCAACUGAUAUCGCUGAGGAGGCAAUACAUCUCAGGCCUCCGAGGUUCAUUCAAGCAGAUGGUCUAAUUAAGCCUUUCAACAAGCAAGAAGCUGAAGGUUACAAACUUCUCAUAGAAUUGGAUAAGGGAAAAUAUGCCAAGACAGACAUAUAUGCUUUUCAUCAUUAUGUAGAUAAGAAGGAAGUACUGUUACUGACUGACCAAAGAUUGGCUUACAUCGUACAUAAUGAAAUAUUCGGAGGAUGGCAGGUGGACUGGUCGUUUACCUGGUCAGAGCUGACACAUCCAGCUAAAGUUGUAGGGAAAGGAGUGUUCAUUCCAAUAACAGAAAAGAAGAAAGUACUUGGUAUGUUCGGAUCCAAUGAAAAUGGCAAAGUGAUACUUAUUGAGAACCCUCAUCUUAAAGAAGUUGUCUGCCAGAAAAUCGAAUCGUUGAGAGGAAACAUUUAAAUUAUACAAGAAAAAAUAAUUCAUGAUUUUGUGAAUUAGGAACUUACGCUAUGGAAGUAUCAAUGUUAUUUUUAUAUAAUUCGCCGUUUCCUGUAUUUUUAUUUUUAUUGAAUUGUUUACGCCUUUUUAAUAUUAUAUGAAUAUAUGAACGUAUGAA